GGCUUGGCUAGAGGGCGCUGGUGGCCUGAGGGUUCCGCUGCCUCCCGGUAUUACUGUUCUGGGCCGUGGCCCGGCCGCCGGCGACGCUGCGCGACGGUGCUCUCGGCGGCAGGUGCGACUGAGCUUUGAUGCGGUUGCCGGCGCGCUUGAGCUCCACCAACUCGGCGCCAAUGCGGCGGAAGUGACGAUGGCGGCGGCGGCGGCUGUGUCGCGACUGGCGGCUGGGGCGGCCGUCUGCCUGACCGACGGCGAUGGCGUCCGACUUGUCCGUGGUGCACCGCUGCUUACGGUGCGGAUCGAGGCAAGCCAGCCGCCACCGAGCUUGAAGCGGCGGCGGGCGGCGGCAGGAGGCAGCGGGGACGACGACGAUGUUGCAUGCUCGCGCGCCCCGAGCGCCAAGCGCCGCGUGUGUCGGUACGGUACGUCGUGCUACCGCUGGCGCAAGAAUCUGCGGCACGCUGCCAUGUUCUGGCAUCCACACGAAGCCGGCAGCGACGGGCGCGGCGAAUCCGAGUCGUCCGACGACGCAACCCAGGCCGUGGGCACCGCCUCGAAUUCUCACUCUGGCCCAGAGUCGGGCUCGGCGACGAGCUCGCUCACCGAGGUUGUGACGGAAAGACCAGCGGCCUGCUCUGCGUCGUCGUCAUCGGCGACCGAGCCGCUUGACGGCAGCUUCACUGCGCCGCCAUCGGCGUUUAAGACGGCAGUGGCUUGCACGAGCGACUCGGCAAGCGCGGCAGAGAGCUCCAAUGACGACGACGGUGGUUGCAGAGCGCAGGAGGGCGCGGCUGGUGUGGGCCGCAAGGCGCGGUUACGGAUGGACACUGCCGCCGAGCGCGCUGCCAAGCAGGCGCUGCUUGCGCAGUGGGAGAUCCAGCCGCUCGAGCUGGAGCUGGGCGAGCCGUUGGGCAUGGGCACGUUUGGCGAGGUCAAGCGCGGCCGGUGGCGUGGGACACCGGUGGCGGUCAAGCGGUUGCACAAGGUCUCUGCCGCCACGCUUCAGGUCUUCUACUCGGAAGUGGCGCUUCUGCUCAAGCUGCGCCAUCCCAACAUCGUGGCAUGUCUUGGUGUGUGCUCGUCGGCGGAGCGGCCAUUUCUUGUCAUGCCGUACCUGCCGUACAACCUCGCGCAGGCUGUCGCUGCUGUUCCCGAGCUCUGCUGCGAGGGCGCGGCGCUAGUGCGGACAGCACGGGACAUUGCCUCGGGCCUCGCCCACCUGCACCUCGCGUCGCCGCCGAUCAUCCACCGUGAUCUGAAGCCCGGCAACGUGCUGGUCGACGAGCACGGCCGGGCGGUCCUCUGCGACUUUGGCAUCUCGCGCCGGAUGGCCGACGCCGAGAGCUCGGCUCAGACUCGAAUCGGGACGCCUGCGUACAUGGCGCCAGAGAUUCUUGCCGGCAAGCCGUACGGCGCCGCUGUCGAUAUCUACGCCUUUGGCAUGCUGCUUUACUUUCUCGGCGCCCGCGAGCCGCCGUUUGCCGGCUCGGAUCCGCUCGCCGUCAUCUUUGCUAUUGUUACCGACGGUCGGCGCCCUUCAUCAGCCGCCUUGAGCCUCAGUCACCCGCUCCACGAACUCAUGACCUCAUGCUGGGCCCAGGAGCCUUCGGACCGACCGGCCGUCACCGACCUGCUCGCCGUCCUCACCGCCGAUUGAGCCGCCGUCGGCAAUGAGACCACUUUGGAGCCUCCACGAGCCACUG